CUCUCAUGGUGAGCCGCCUCUGAAUCCGACUCACAAUGGCCAGCGCUUCUGUCAAGGUGGCCGUGCGGGUGCGGCCUUUCAACACCCGCGAAACCAGCCGAGAUGCCAAAUGUGUGAUCCAGAUGCAGGGAAAAACAACCUGUAUCACCAAUCCCAAGCAGGCAAAAGACGCCCCCAAGAAUUUCACCUUCGAUUAUUCCUACUGGUCUCAUACUUCUGAGGAGGACCCCAGUUUUGCCUCCCAGUGGCAAGUCUACAAGGACAUCGGAGAGGAGAUGCUGCUGCAUGCCUUUGAGGGCUACAACGUUUGCAUCUUUGCCUAUGGGCAGACGGGGGCCGGCAAGUCUUACACCAUGAUGGGCAAGCAGGAGGCCGACCACCAAGGCAUCAUCCCUCAGCUCUGCAAAGAUCUUUUUGCUCGCGUGAACGAGAACAGGUGCCCCAACCUCUCCUACUCCGUGGAGGUGAGCUACAUGGAGAUCUACUGUGAGCGCGUCAGGGACCUCCUGAACCCCAAGAGCCGCGGCAACCUGCGCGUGCGGGAGCAUCCCAUCAUGGGGCCCUAUGUGGAAGACCUCUCCAAGCUUGCGGUCACCUCCUUUGAAGACAUCGCUGACCUCAUGGACUGUGGCAAUAAAGCCAGGACUGUGGCUGCCACGAACAUGAACGAAACAAGCAGCCGCUCCCACGCCGUGUUCACCAUUGUCUUCACGCAGCACCGCCACGAUGAGCUCACGGACCUGGACACGGAGAAGGUCAGCAAGAUCAGCCUGGUUGACUUGGCAGGGAGCGAACGGGCAGAUUCUUCUGGAGCAAAAGGCAUGCGGUUGAAGGAAGGUGCCAAUAUUAACAAAUCCCUGACCACCCUGGGCAAAGUUAUCUCGGCGCUGGCAGAGUUGCAAAGCAACAAGAAGAAGAAGUCCGACUUCAUUCCCUACCGGGACUCGGUGCUCACGUGGCUGCUAAAAGAGAACUUGGGAGGCAAUUCCCGCACGGCCAUGAUCGCUGCCCUCAGCCCGGCUGACAUUAAUUACGAGGAGACGCUGAGCACCCUCCGCUACGCUGACCGGGCCAAGCAGAUCCGCUGCAACGCAAUCAUCAACGAGGACCCCAACGCCCGGCUCAUCCGCGAGCUCAAGGAGGAAGUGGCGAGGCUGCGCGACCUCCUCUCUGCCCAGGGCUUAUCGGCGGCCACCUUUGUUGGUGGAUGGGCGAAGGGUGCAGCUUUGGACUUGGUGUGCGUUUCAGGUUCGAAGCCCGACGACCCAGGAGGGGGGUCCAGCCUUUCCACCUCCCCUUUCGCACCCAUGUCCGAAUCACCCCUCGCCCUCAAUGGGGACUCGGAGCCUUACUCCUGCAUGGAGGAGCAGAUUAUCUGCACGGAGGAGGCCAUGGAGAGGCUGCAGGAGACAGAAAAGAUCAUUGCUGAGCUCAACGAAACAUGGGAGGAGAAACUGCGCAAGACGGAGGCGAUCCGGACGGAAAGAGAGGCUCUCCUGGCAGAGAUGGGUGUGGCUCUCCGGGAGGACGGGGGCACCGUGGGAGUCUUCUCUCCCAAGAAGACUCCACACCUGGUUAACCUGAAUGAAGAUCCCCUGAUGUCCGAGUGCCUCCUUUAUCACGUCAAGGAUGGCGUCACACGAGUUGGACAGGAGAACGUGGACAUCAAACUGACGGGGCAGUUCAUCAAGGAGCAGCACUGCCUCUUCCGCAGCGUCACCACGGAGUCCGGAGAAGUGGUUGUUACGCUGGAGCCGUGUGAGGGUGCAGAGAGCUACGUCAACGGGAAGCAGGUGACGGAGCCGCUGGUGCUGAAGUCAGGGAACCGCAUUGUGAUGGGCAAGAACCACGUUUUCCGCUUCAACCACCCGGAGCAGGCGCGGAUGGAGAGGGAGCGGAACCCGCCCCUGGAGAGCCAGCCGGAGUCCGUGGACUGGAACUUUGCACAGCGGGAGCUGCUGGAGAAACAGGGCAUCGACAUCAAGCUGGAGAUGGAAAAGAGACUCCAAGACCUGGAGAGCCAGUAUCGGCGGGAGAAGGAAGAGGCCGACCUUCUUCUGGAGCAGCAGAGACUGGUAUGGGGGUGAGGGGGGGCUGGUCUCUGUUCCU